GGCUACAAUGUCUGCAGCUAAAUGUUGAAAUCUAGAGGUUUAUUCGGAGAUCCCAUCCUCUUCUACAGUGGGCUGAAGUAAUCCUUUCCAAUAGGACUCUCUAAUAGGCAGAUUUAAGGAACUGCAAGGUCCUGCAGGGAUUUGAAGACAGGGAUGUGAAUUUUAAAAUUGAGACAACAUAUCCGGCCACAUCAAAAUGAAUAUCAUCAAGGAAAACAAGGAUUUGGCCUGUUUCUACACCACAAAACAUUCAUGGAGGGGAAAAUACAAGCGAGUUUUUUCAGUUGGUACACAUGCUGUAACCACAUACAAUCCUGGUACUCUAGAAGUUACUAAUCAGUGGCCUUAUGGUGAUAUUUGCAGCAUUGGCCCUGUGGGGAGAGGACAAGGAACAGAAUUCACUUUAACAUUUCGCAAAGGAAGUGGGAAAAAAUCUGAAACCCUAAAGUUUUCUACUGAACAUAGAACAGAGUUGCUAACAGAGGCACUGCGCUUCAGAACAGAGUUUUCAGAGGGGAAAAUCACUGGAAAGCGCUAUAACUGUUACAAGCAUCAUUGGACUGAUACUAGAAAGUCAGUGGUCCUUGAAGUCACACCUGGUGGGAUAGAUCAGAUUGAUCCUACAACUAAUCGCAUUCUCUGUUCAUAUGACUACAAAAACAUUGAAGGCUUUGCGGAACUGUCUGAUUAUCAGGGAGGAUUUUGUAUAAUUCAUGGAGGAUUUAGUCGAUUGCAUCUCUUUGCAUCUGAACAAAAAGACGACAUCAUCAAAAGUGCAAUUGAUCAUGCAGGCAACUUUAUUGGUAUCUCACUGCGCAUCCGGAAAGAAACAUUUGAGUUUGAUUUUUAUCAGAAUCACCGCUUUGGCAAAUAUAGCAAUGACGAAUCUAUUACAUCACUAGCUGAAUUCGUUGUGCAAAAAAUUGCAAGUAGGCAUCAGGAUCCAGUAAAGCGAGUAUUAGCACUUACAGAAACUUGUUUAGUGGAGCGUGAUCCAGCCACAUACAAUAUUGUAACCCUCAAGCCUUUGGGAGAGAUAUUUGCUCUAGUGCUUGAUUCUGACAAUCCUCAACGGUUUACUAUUGAAUACAUCAAAGGGCAGGUUUACAAGUACUCAUCCACUGAAAGAGACUCCUUAAUGGCUAGCUUGCUAGAUGGGGUGAGAGCUUCUGGGAAUAGAGAUGUGUGUGUCCGAAUGAUACCGACCCAGAAAGGGCAGAGAUGGGGGCUGCUAAGUAUGCCAGUUGAUGAAGAAGUAGAAAGUCUACAUCUUCGGUUUCUAAAUGCUCCUCCAAAUGGCAGUUUUUCAGAUGCGGUGUUUAGGUUUAAUGCAAACAUCUCAUACAGUGGCGUUCUGCAUGCAGUGACUCAAGACGGCCUUUUUUCUGAGAACAAAGAGAAACUCAUUAAUAAUGCGAUCACAGCAUUACUGUCUCAAGAAGGUGAUCAAACUGCUAAUAAUGCAGAACUGGAGAGCCAGUUUCAGGCUGUGAGACGGCUGGUUGCCUCGAAGGCUGGUUUUCAAGCGUUUACAAAACUUCCUAAAUUUCGAGAGAGGCUUGGUGUGAAAACAGUAAAGGCUUUAAAAAGAAACCAUGAUGGUGUUACGCAUGCUGCCAUUGACAUGAUGUGUGCUCUGAUGUGUCCUAUGCAUGAUGACUAUGAUUUGAGACAAGAGCAGCUGAACAAAGCAUCACUUCUCUCUUCAAAGAAGUUUUUAGAAAAUUUACUUGAUAAAUUCAAUGCCCAUGUGGAUCAUGGGACAGGGGCAUUGGUGAUUAGUUCUCUUCUGGAUUUUCUUACCUUUGCCCUUUGUGCUCCAUAUAGUGAGACAACUGAAGGGCAGCAGUUUGAUAUGUUGUUAGAAAUGGUAGCAGAUGUUGGAAGAACUCUGUUCAAACUUUUCCAGCAUCCUUCCAUGGCUAUUGUGAAGGGCGCAGGAUUAGUUAUGAAAGCUAUUAUAGAAGAAGGUGACAAAGAAAUUGCUACAAAGAUGCAGGAGCUUGCCUUAAGUGAGGGUGCCCUACCCCGCCACUUACAUACAUCAAUGUUUACAGUUAGUACAGAUCAGAGGAUGCUAACUAAUAGGCAGUUAAGUAGACAUUUGGUGGGUCUUUGGACAGCAGAAAAUCCAACAGCAUUGAAUUUACUGAAACGCAUUUUGCCAACAGGCUUACUAGCAUACCUUGACAGCGCAGAGCUGGUACCAGAAAAAGAAAUUGACAGGAUGCAUAUCCGGGAUAAUGUAAAAAUUGCAACAGAUCAGUAUGGUAAAUUUGGUAAGGUCCCAGAAUGGCAACGAAAGGCUGGAAGAGCUGCUAAAGAGGUAGAGAAAUUUGCCAAAGAAAAGGUUGAUUUACUUUUGUUGCACUGGAGAGACAGAAUGGGCAUUGCUCAAAAGGAGCAGGACAGGAAUAAUCUGAAUGCCAACCAAAAACCAGUUGUUUUAAGAAAAAGGCGACAAAGGAUUAAAAUAGAAGCAAACUGGGAUCUCUUCUACUACAAGUUUCAGAUGGAUCAUGCCAAAUCUAACUUAAUUUGGAAUUACAAAACGAGAGAAGAAUUGAGAGAUGCUUUUGAAGCAGAAAUAAGGGCUUUUAACAUUGACAAAGAAUUGGGAAUUGCUAGUGUUAUUUCUUGGAAUCACCAGGAAUUUGAAGUUAGAUAUGAGUGCCUUGCAGAUGAAAUCAAAAUCGGAGAUUAUUAUCUCCGCCUGUUGUUGGAGGAAGGUGAAAAUGAAGAGACGAUUACAAUCAAGAGAUCGUAUGAAUUUUUCAAUGAGUUGUAUCAUCGCUUCUUGCUUACCCCUAAAGUGAAUAUGAAGUGUUUAUGUUUACAAGCUUUGACCAUUGUUUACGGCAAAUGCUAUGAGGAGAUAGGACCAUUCAGUGAUACUAAAUACAUUGUUGGAAUGCUGGACAGGUGUACAGACAAACUGGAGAGAGACAGACUUAUUAUUUUUCUGAACAAACUGAUUCUUAACAAGAAAAAUGUUAAGGAAAUCAUGGAUUCCACUGGCGUGAAAAUCCUUGUGGACUUGCUUACUCUUGCACAUCUCCAUACAAGCAGAGCUACUGUUCCAUUGCAGAGCAAUGUUAUUGAAGCAUCACCCGAUAUGAAGAGAGAAAGUGAAAAAGAAUGGUACUUUGGAAAUGCAGACAAAGAGAGACUCGGUCCUUACAGUUUUGAAGAGAUGCAAGAAUUCUGGAAAAAGGGUGUAUUGACGCCAAAGACUCGUUGUUGGGCACAGGGCAUGGAUGGCUGGCGUGCACUUCAGGCAAUUCCGCAGCUGAAAUGGUGUCUUUUAGCUCAUGGACAGGCUGUGCUGAAUGAGACUGACCUUGCUACUCUUAUUCUAAACAUGCUUAUUACCAUGUGUGAAUAUUACCCCAGCAGGGAUCAAGACAAUGCAAUUAUCAGACCCCUACCCAGAAUUAAGCGGCUGCUUACAGACAAUACAUGCCUCUCUCACAUUGUUCAGCUUUUGGUUACUUUUGAUCCCAUUCUGGUUGAGAAAGUUGCCAACUUGUUGCACCAUGUGAUGCAAGACAACCCACAGUUACCUCGCCUUUAUCUUACUGGUGUGUUUUUCUUUAUAAUGAUGUACACUGGUUCCAAUGUGCUUCCAAUUGCAAGGUUUUUGAAGUAUACUCAUCUGAAACAGGCAUUCAGAUCAGAAGAGGCAAAAGGGCAAGAUCUAGUACAACGGAGUGUGCUGGGCCACAUUUUACCUGAAGCAAUGGUCUGUUACUUAGAAAAUUAUGAACCUGAAAAAUUUUCAGAGAUUUUCCUAGGUGAAUUUGACACUCCAGAAGCAAUUUGGAGCAAUGAAAUGAGGCGUUUGACGAUUGAGAAGAUUGCUGCCCAUUUGGCAGAUUUUACGCCACGCCUGCAAAGUAACACCAGAGCACUCUACCAAUAUUGCCCCAUUCCUGCCAUCAGCUAUCCCCAACUAGAGAAUGAGCUCUUCUGUAACAUCUACUAUCUUAAACAUCUCUGUGAUGCAACACGUUUCCCUGACUGGCCGAUAAAAGAUCCAGUAAAGUUGCUUAAAGACACUCUUGAUGCUUGGAGAAACGAAGUGGAAAAGAAACCACCUUCGAUGUCAGUCGAUGACGCAUAUCAGGUUUUGAACCUUCCAAAAGGACAAGGAAUGCAUGACGAGAGCAAAAUCAGGAAAGCCUACUUCAGACUUGCUCAGAAAUAUCAUCCUGACAAAAAUCCUGACGGCCGAGAUAUCUUUGAAAGAGUGAAUAAAGCUUAUGAAUACUUGUGUACAAAGUCAAUUAGAAUGGUGGAUGGACCUGAUCCAGAGAACAUUAUCCUUAUCCUGAAAACGCAGAGCAUCCUCUUCAACAGAUACAAACAGGAUUUGGAGCCCUAUAAGUAUGCAGGGUACCCAAUGUUGAUUAAGACCAUUACCAUGGAAACUUCGGAUGACCAACUAUUUAGCAAGGUGUCCUUGUUGCCGGCCUCCACUGAAUUGGCUUUCCAUACUGUCAAUUGCUCAGCAUUAAAUGCUGAGGAACUUCGUAGAGAGAAUGGAAUAGAGGUGCUCCAAGAUGGCUUUGCACGCUGCGUGGCAGUGUUAACACAGUCCAGCAAAAAGGGUGAUAUGGCUGUGGAGGUUUGUGGCCACAUCUGUAAAUGUUACAGUGUUGCAGCUCAGUUUGAGGAAUGCAGGGAAAAAAUAACAGAAAUGCCAAACAUCAUAAGAGACCUCUGCAGAUUGCUCUAUUAUGGAAAAAGCCUACCACGAGUGGCCAUGUUGGCAGUUGAAUGUGUUGCUUCCUUUUCUGUGGAUUACUGGUUACAAACGCAUUUAUUCCAAGCUGGUAUUCUGUGGCAUCUUUUAGUCUACCUCUUCAGUUAUGAUUACACACUGGAAGAAAGUGGAAUUCAAAAGUGUGAAGAAACAAAUCAGCAGGAAGUUUCUAAUAGUCUUGCAAAGCUCUGUGUGACUGCACUGAGUCGGUUAGGUGGCUAUUUACCAGGUGAAAAGGCAACACCUGAGAAUCCUACAAUAAGAAAAUGUUUGGCAGCUUUGUUAUCGCCUUAUGUCUCAAGGAGGCUGUCAAAAGAUACUCCAGCGGAGAUUCUCAAGAUGCUCAACAGUAACACUGAGAAUCCAUAUUUAAUCUGGAGCAAUGGAACACGGGCUGAGCUGCUAGAGUUCCUUGAACGGCAGCAGGAAAGUAUGAUAAAAAGGGGGGAUUGUGAUAAAAAUUAUGGUGCUGAGUUUGUUUUCAGUGAACAUGCUAAAGAGCUGAUUGUUGGUGAAGUUUUUGUCAGAGUCUACAAUGAACAGCCAACGUUUCCAUUAGAGCUUCCAAAAGCUUUUACAGCAAGCCUGCUUGAUUACAUAGGAUCGCAAGCACAAUAUCUGCACACGCUGAUGGCUAUCACCCAAACUGGGAAAGUGGAAUCUGAUCAGCAUGAAGACAGGUUAAGGCGAGCUGAAAUGGCUCUAGAGGCAUUGCGUAACGUCAUCAAAAACAAUCCAGGUGCUGAGACUGAAUGCAUUGGGCAUUUUAAACUGAUAUUUUCUCUCCUAAGAGUGCAUGGAGCUGGUCAGGUUCAGCAACUUGCCUUGGAGGUAGUGAACAUAGUGACAGCAAACCAAGAAUGUGUAAAUAAUAUUGCUGAAUCACUGGUCCUUUCUAAUCUCCUAGUUCUGCUGCAUUCAUUGCCAUCCAGUCGACAGCUUGUCCUUGAAACCCUUUAUGCUUUGAUGUCAAAUACAAAGAUCAUAAAAGAAGCCAUGGGAAAAGGUUCCCUUAUAUAUCUACUAGACAUGUUUUGUAAUUCAACGCAUCCUCAGGUUCGAGCACAGACUGCAGAGCUCUUUGCCAAAAUGAUUACAGACAAACUCGUUGGACCAAAGGUGAGAAUCACACUGACCAAAUUUCUACCAAGUGUCUUCAUGGAUGCUAUGAGGGACAAUCCUGAAGCAUCUGUGCAUAUAUUCGAGGGGACACAUGAAAACCCAGAGUUAAUAUGGAAUGACAAUUCCAGGGAAAAGGUGUCUACAACCGUCCGACAAAUGAUGCUAGACCACUUCAAGCAACAGCGUGACAAUCCAGAUGUGAAUUGGAAGUUACCGGAAGACUUUACAGUUGCUUAUAGUGAAGUUGGAGGUGAAUUGUCAGUAGGAGGAGUCUUCUUGAGGAUCUUUAUUGCACAACCUGGUUGGGUUCUACGUAAACCUCGAGAAUUCCUUGUUGGGCUGCUGGAGAAACUCACAGAGCUGCUGGAAACAAAUAAUCCUCAUGGUGAAACUUUAGAAACGGUUACCACAGCAGCAGUCUGCCUCUUCCAUUCCCAGCCUCAGCUGGCAGACCAGGUACCUCCAUUAGGCCACCUUCCUAAAGUUAUUCAGGCUCUGAACCACAAAAACAAUGUCAUCCCCAAGUCAUCAAUCCGGGUCAUUCAUGCUCUUUCUGACAAUGAGUUAUGUGUCCGAGCUAUGGCAAUGCUGGAAACUAUCGGGCCUUUGAUGAACGGAAUGAAGGUGCGAUCAGAUAUGGUAGGCCUUGCCUCGGAAUCUCUGAAUCGAAUGUUCCAGAAGGAGCAGACUGACUUAGUAGCACAGGGUCUGAAAGUUGAAUUGGUGCCAUACCUCCUGCGGCUAUUGGAAGGAAUAGGACUUGAGAAUGUUGAAAAUCCAGCUGCCACGAAAGCACAGAUUGUAAAUGCACUUAAAUCAAUGACACGGAGUUUGCAGUAUGGUGAACAGGUGAAUGAAAUUCUGUCUCGUUCCUCUGUAUGGAGUGCCUUCAAAGAUCAAAAGCAUGACUUAUUUAUUUCUGAGUCACAAUCAGCAGGAUAUCUUACAGGCCCUGGAAUUGCUGGCUAUCUUACUUCAGGGGCAAUGUCAACAGUAAUCCCCAGUGGACCGCCCCCUGUAGAUAAUGAAGUGGUUGACCUGGCCAGAUGAAGUAAGAUCUACACUCUCUGCCUUGAAGAUUGAAGCAACUGCAGUCAUGAACCACUCACUGACUAUGACCCUCUGAACAAAUACAACUAAAAAGAAGCGAACUUUUUCUCCCACUUAUUGCAUUUACAAAAGUAAUGCUCUCAUAUUUUUAUUUGUAAAGUAAUUUUUACUGGUGACACAAUCUGUUCAUUUUAAAAAUAGUAUGGAUCAGAGAAAACUCAAGUAUUCUCUCUUUGCACCUGGUAUCUCUGACUGUGAAUCUAAAUACUGGAUUUUUUUUCUUUUAAUUUGGCAGUUGAUAGUUUACAUUUUUUUUUGUUUAUAGGGUAGCACAAACAUGAAACCUUUAUCCAACUACACAUCUCCCUGGCUGCUGUUUUAAAGGCACGAUUGGAGGCAAGAUUUAAUGGAAACAUUGCUUUCCAUAAACUAAACCAGUUUCCUAGAUCAGGCCAAGGACCACUGCUGAUUAUGCUUGCUAAUCUUUAAUGAGUCAGCUUAGUACAACAUCAUUGUAAAGCAUUGUAUAAUUGCCUUCUAUUUCUGAUAGAGAGCUUCAGAAAAAUGCUAACGUGGACAUUCACAUAUUAUAAAUACUUAGUGUAAUUGUGACCUGUGCUAUAUAAUACCAAUGUGUAAACUUUCUAUAUUUGAAUGUACAUUAGUAAAUCAGUCCUACUUGUACAUAAAAUUUUAAGAAUAAAGUACAAAGGGAAUUAGCAUCCUUACGUGUGUAA